AUGUUGGAUGAACUUAGAAAAACUAUUCACUUCUGGAGUAUGGUAAUCAUUCAGCUGUCGUCAAGAGCUGCAUACCAUACAGUAAAAAGUUUUGUGAGGAGAAUGGCAACAGUGAAAGAGUACGAUUACUUGGUCGUUGGCGGUGGCUCUGGAGGUAUCGCAUCAGCUCGUCGGGCCCGAGAAUUCGGAGUCUCAGUUGCCCUCAUCGAGAGUGGUCGUCUUGGAGGAACUUGUGUGAAUGUCGGUUGUGUGCCAAAAAAGGUUAUGUACAAUUGCUCAAUGCACGCAGAAUUCAUACGCGAUCAUGCAGACUACGGGUUUGAUGUCACUUUGAACAAAUUUGAUUGGAGUGUAAUAAAGGAAUCUCGAGAUGCUUACAUUCGACGUCUUAAUGGUAUAUACGAGAAUAAUCUCAAUGGAUCUAAAGUAGAUCUCAUUCGUGGUUAUGGUUCAUUCACUGAUGACGGUAGUGUAGAAGUAAAUGGACAAAAGUACAAGGGAAAAUACACACUCAUUGCUGUGGGAGGCUAUCCAACCAUUCCUAAUGUCCCCGGUGCUGAGUUUGGAAUAGACAGUGAUGGAUUUUUUGAACUCAACAAGCUUCCUAAGAAAACAGUAGUAGUCGGAGCUGGCUAUAUUGCUGUGGAGCUUGCCGGAAUGAUGGCUAAUUUAGGAUCAGAUACUCAUCUGUUGAUAAGAUACGAAAAGGUUUUACGCACUUUUGAUGAAACUCUCAGUACCUCACUCACCGAAGCUAUGGACAAGGGCCCUGUAAAUAUCCACAAAAGUACUCAGGUAAAAAGUGUCGAGAAACGCUCGGACGGACUUCUGACAAUCAACACAAAUACCGGUGUUAUUGACGAGGUGGAGACCUUAAUAUGGGCAGUCGGAAGAACGCCGUCCACAGAGAAGUUGAAUCUCGAUAAGGUUGGUGUGAAAACUGACAAUCAAGGUCAUAUUAUUGUGGAUAAAUACCAAAAUACCACUAAUCCUUCAAUUUUAUGCGUUGGUGACGCUGCCGGGAAAUACCUCCUUACGCCAGUAGCCAUAGCUGCUGGACGCCGCCUUUCUCAUCGUCUUUUUAAUAACGAGUCUGAGAACUACCUCCCUUAUGAGAACAUUGCUACCGUUGUCUUCAGUCAUCCACUAAUUGGUACUGUUGGACUAACAGAAGAAAGAUAUGGCAAGGAUCAGGUUAUGUUGUAUAAAUCGAAAUUCAAUCCAAUGUAUCACGCCGUGACCAAACAUAAGGAGCCUUGUGUGAUGAAGCUUGUAUGUGCGGGCCCCGAAGAGAAG